UGAUUGCAGGGGAACACCAGCUCACCAACAGUACAGAAAAAAUAAAUUCUCUCACUUUUUCAAGCCAACCUUUGGUCUUUACAUUCCAAGUUUUCAACGCCGGAGCGAGUCGUGACUCGUGAGACAUGGAUCCGAAUGAGCAAGGUAAUACUAAUAUGGGGAGGGCGAAGAGGUUUCUGGGGCUGACUCAGGACGAGUCAGAGGCCGUGUCGCGACUCGCGGUUCCAGAACAGGCAGCAGGCGCGGGAAAGAGCUUCUAUGACGCCUUCGCUGUUGCGGGAAUCCGAGUCGACCGAGUCGAACCCGGACUCGUCGUCUGUUCCUUCAAGGUCCCUCCCCGCCUCACCGAUAGAAGUGGAAACUUGGCAAAUGGUGCAAUUGCAAGCCUUGUCGAUCUUGUUGGAAUUUCUCUGGAAUUUGGCGAGGGACUCCUUAGUGUUUCAAUCGACAUGUCUAUCUCGUAUUUCUCUACAGCGAAGAUUAAUGACGAGCUAGAGAUCACCUCAAAAAGAAUAGGAAGAAGAGGAGGUUAUACGGGAACGGUGGUAGUUUUGAGAAACAAAACAACGGGGGAGAUUAUUGCCGAAGGUCGACAUUCGUUGCUCCGUUCACGUCGUUCUAGCAAACUCUGAGUUUCAACCUCCCUCCCCUUGAAAAUUCGAUGGCGAUGGUCUUGAGGUACGACAACAAACAACUUGGCACAAGUUCUGGUGGAUUCCACGGAGGCUCUGUACAUUUAUGGUAACAUUCGCCGUUCUUAACCACAAUUUAAAGAACGAAUGAAAUUAGAAUUGUUUUAAAAGCUGUAUAUUGGUAUCAUAUUAUGUAGCUUAUGUAUGAACACGUCUUACUUCCAAGAUAAGAUCCUUGAGAUUAGUUUAUCUCUGAAGAA